AUGUUUUUAGUGGUAGGGGAAACCGGAGCACCUGGAGGAAACCUACACAUACACAGGGAGCGCCACCUACUACAGACACCACCUCCUACAGACACCACCUCCUACAGACACCACCACCUCCUACAGACACCACCUCCUACAGACACCACCUCCUACAGACACCACCUCCUACAGACACCACCACCUCCUACAGACACCACCUCCUACAGACACCACCUCCUACAGACACCACCUCCUGCAGACACCACCACCUCCUACAGACACCACCUCCUACAGACACCACCUCCUGCAGACACCACCUCCUACAGACACCACCUCUUACACACACCACCACCUACACCACUCCUACAGACACCACCCCUACAGACACCACCUCCUACAGACACCACCUCCUACAGACCACCUCUACAGACACCACCUCCUACAGACACCACCUCCUACAGACACCACCUCCUACAGACUCCACCUCCUACAGACACCACCUCCUACAGACACCACCACCUCCUACAGACACCACCUCCUACAGACCACUCACAGCCCCUCCUACAGACACCACCUCCUACAGACACCACCUCCUACAGACACCACCUCCUACAGACACCACCUCCUACAGACACCACCUCCUACAGACACCACCUCCUACAGACACCACCUCCUACAGACACCACCUCCUACAGACACCACCUCCUACAGACACCACCUCCUACAGACACCACCUCCUACACCACCUCCUACAGACACACCACCCCUACAGACCCACUCCUACAGACACCACCUCCUACAGACACCACCUCCUACAGACACCACCUCCUACAGACCCACCUCCUCACCACCUCCUACAGCACACCUCCUCACAGACCCACCUCCUACAGACACCACCUCCUACAGACACCACCUCCUACAGACACCACCUCCUACAGACACCACCUCCUACAGACCCACCUCCUACAGACACCACCUCCUACAGACUCCACCUCCUACAGACACUCACCACCUCCUACAGACACCACCACCUCUACAGACACCACCUCCUACAGACACCACCUCCUACAGACUCCACCUCCUACAGACACCACCACCUCCUACAGACACCACCACCUCCUACAGACACCACCACCUCCUACAGACACCACCUCCUACAGACACCACCUCCUACAGACACCACCACCUCCUACAGACACCACCUCCUACAGACACCACCACCUCCUGCAGACAACACCAUCUCCUACAGACUCCACCAUCUCCUACAGACACCACCACAUCCUGCAGACACCACCACCUCCUGCAGACACCACCACCUCCUACAGACACCACCAUCUCCUACAGACUUCACCAUCUCCUACAGACUUCACCAUCUCCUACAGACAUCACCACCUCCUGCAGACUCCACCAUCUCCUACAGACACCACCACCUCCUACAGACACCACCUCCUACAGACACCACCACCUCCUACAGACUCCACCUCCUACAGACUCCACCUCCUACAGACACCACCACCUCCUACAGACAUCACCACCUCCUACAGACACCACCACCUUCUACAGACACCACCACCUCCUACAGACACCACCUCCUACAGACUCCACCUCCUACAGACACCACCACCUAUAGACACCACCUCCUACAGACACCACCUCCUGCAGACACCACCUCCUACAGACACCACCUCCUACAGACACCACCUCCUACAGACACCACCACCUCCUACAGACACCAUCACCUCCUACAGACACCACCUCCUACAGACACCACCUCCUACAUACACCACCUCCUCCUACAGACCCCACCUCCUACAGACACCACCACCUCCUACAGACACCACCUCCUACAGACUCCACCAUCUCCUACAGACACCACCACCUCCUACAGACACCACCUCCUACAGACAGCACCACCUCCUACAGACUCCACCAUCUCCUACAGACAUCACCACCUCCUGCAGACACCACCACCUCCUACAGACACCACCAUCUCCUACAGACUCCACCAUCUCCUACAGACACCACCUCCUCCUGCAGACACCACCACCUCCUGCAGACACCACCACCUCCUACAGACACCACCAUCUCCUACAGACUCCACCAUCUCCUACAGACUCCACCAUCUCCUACAGACACCACCACCUCCUGCAGACUCCACCAUCUCCUACAGACACCACCACCUCCUACAGACACCACCUCCUACAGACACCACCACCUCCUACAGACUCCACCAUCUCCUACAGACACCACCACCUCCUGCAGACACCACCACCUCCUGCAGACACCACCACCUCCUACAGACUCCACCAUCUCCUACAGACAGCACCACCUCCUGCAGACUCCACCAUCUCCUACAGACACCACCACCUCCUACAGACACCACCACCUCCUACAGACACCACCUCCUACAGACUCCACCUCCUACAGACACCACCACCUACAGACACCACCUCCUACAGACACCACCUCCUGCAGACACCACCUCCUACAGACACCACCUCCUACAGACACCACCUCCUACAGACACCACCACCUCCCACAGACACCAUCACCUCCUACAGACACCACCUCCUACAGACACCACCUCCUACAUACACCACCUCCUCCUACAGACACCACCAUCUCCUACAGACUCCACCAUCUCCUACAGACAUCACCACCUCCUGCAGACACCACCACCUCCUGCAGACAUCACCACCUCCUACAGACACCACCAUCUCCUACAGACUCCACCAUCUCCUACAGACACCACCACCUCCUGCAGACUCCACCAUCUCCUACAGACACCACCACCUCCUGCAGACACCACCACCUCCUGCAGACGCCGAACGCCGGGCCUUGAAUUUACGGCUCUCUCUCUGCGCUCCGCACUUCAUAAAGCGCGACAGCAUAUCAUAUCUGGGACCGGCUCAUCUCCAGAGGGAGGGGGGUGGAGGGUGA